GCGGCAUCUCUUCUCCUAUGGCUUCUUUUCUAUCUCAUUGUCUCCUGCUCUGAAGAUGGGUAAGGCGAAUGGUCAUGGCUUCUAGUGCUUCAACCAUGAAUGGAGUUAUCUACUCCUUAUCUUCCUCUCACUUACUUCCAUCUCCACCGUUUCAAUAUCUCACUAUACUCUCUUCUUCAUCGUCAUCUUCAUAUGCUCCGAUGCGACGUCGUGUGUAUCGUACUGGCUCUCCUCUCAAGCGGCUCACCUCCCGCAUCGUCUACCUUACUCGCCGAAGACAACUUCACCAAAUAAUGGAAGAGGUAGAUAUAGCAAAACGACAAUAUGGGAAGCUGAACACCAUAGCCAUGAACGCAGUCUUGGAGGCAUGCGUGUAUUGUGGGGAUGUCGAAGCUGCUCUUAAGAUAUUCGACGAAAUGUCUAAGCCAGGGGGUUGUGGGGUCGACACUAUUACCUAUGGCACUCUUUUGAAGGGAUUAGGUGAGGCACGAAGAGUUGAUGAUGCAUUUCAGUUGCUUGAAUCAAUUGAACGAGGAAUUGCUGUGGGGAGGCCCAAGUUAUCAGCACCUCUUAUAUUUGGUUUGCUAAACGCUCUAGUUGAAGCAGGAGAUUUACGUCGUGCUAAUGCUCUUCUUUCUCGAUAUGGUUUUUUCCUACGUGAAGGAGGCAGUUUUUCUGUCACAGCAUACAACUUACUAAUGAAGGGAUACAUAAAAACAGGUUCUCCUGAAAGCACCAUUACCAUGCACAGAGAAAUACUACGUCUAGGAUUAGUCCCUGAUAGACACACCUAUAAUACUUUAAUUUCUGCAUGUGUCAAGACCAACAAGUUGGAUACAGCGAUGCAUUUCUUAGAGGAAAUGAAGGAGAAAGCACAGAAAUUUAGUGACGGUGAUCUUUUCCCAGAUGUGGUCACCUACACCACAUUACUCAAGGGUUUUGGGCAUUCAAAGGAUCUCCCUGCUGUUCAGAAGAUUGUAUUGGAAAUGAAAACAUAUGUUGAUGGUUUUAUAGAUCGAACAGGAUACACUGCAAUAGUUGACGCAUUGCUAAAUUGUGGCUCAAAUAAGGGUGCUUUAUGCAUAUUUGGAGAAAUGCUAAAGCUGGCUGGUUGGAAUAAAGGCUGGCGACCGAAGCCUCACCUUUAUCUUUCAAUGAUGCGCUCAUUUGCUGUCAAAGGAGAUUAUGAUAUUGUGAGAAGUCUACAUAAGCGCAUUUGGCCAGAUACUGCUGGAACCAUUUAUCCUACUCACCAGGAAGAAGCUGAUCAUCUUCUCAUGGAAGCAGCUUUAAAUUAUGGCCAGGUAGAUCGGGCAAUUAAUUUGCUUUCAAAUAUAAUUACAAAAUGGAAAACAAUAUCAUGGACAAGUAGAGGAGGCAUGAUUGCAUUGCGAAUAGAAGCACUGUCGGUAUCUACUAAAUCUAUGUUGAGUCCAUAUCUACUUCCUCAGGUAAGGCUGGAGGACCCGAUCAGUACUUUCAUGAUACCAUUUGAAGCAGCAAAACCACUUCAUGAGACCCUGCACUUGAAGAAAGUUACCAUGCGUUUCUUCAGGGAUCCAAUCGUACCUAUCAUUGAUGACAGGGGUAGCUGCAUUGGUCUGCUACACAGAGAGGACUGCACCAAGUUAGAUGCACCACUUUGGACUAUGAUGAGAAGCCAACCACCGUUUGUUACAAGUGCGACAUCAAUAGGACGUGUCCUAGAGUUACUAAUAGAGAAGGGUCAUAAAAUGGUUAUUGUCGUAAACCCCAAUGAUUUGAACAGAGGCACCACCAAUAACAUCUCAAGUUUGAGGGCAGUAGGAGUUUUUGCAUCUACCCAACUUAGUAACUUGAUCACAACAGAUUCUAGCUCUCCAAUGGAAAAACCAUCCAUCUGUCGAAGAUUGUAAUAUCACAGUGACUAAAUUGUAUAUAUGUUAAUAAUACAUUGGGCCAAAUCCAAAAUAUGAAAAUUAGUAGUG